AGUUUUUUUUGCAAGUCUAAUACAAAAAAUACCCACUUGCAAAACCAAUAGAAAAUGUUCAUCUGGUACUAUGCAUAUCCAGUAGAUAAAAUUAGGCGCCUCACUCACCACACAGAGAGAAAGAAAGAGAGAAAGAGAGAGUUCUUCUUGCUGUUCUUUGGUGUCUACAUUCAAGCCGUUAGGAGUUUGGUAUAAAGUAAGACUUCAGUCAUGGACAACCCAGGUACAAACAGUGAUGAUGAAUUUUUCAGAAGCAUUGGAACCUUUACUUUUUCAGAUAAGAAGGUACUAACAUCACCUACAAUCACAUCGUUUGAAAUAAACGAGCCAAAAAGCCAGAAAAAGCCUUCCAACUGCUGUAUUUGGGCUGUGCUUAUAAUAUACCUGGCUUUGCUCACUGCAGGCGUCGGACUGCUGACCUAUGAAGUCUAUAAGUUGCACAAGGAUAAAGAUAACAUUAAACAAGGUCCACCUUUAACAGGACAACCAGAUAGUCAUUUUGCCAAUGAUACUAUACAAAAGGAGACCUUUUUUGGAACAAACUCACAGAGAGGGGAAGACAAUUGGAUCACACGUUUAAAUGAAGAAAUCCAGAUAAUCAAGCUGAACAAUCAACAUUUAUAUUGGAAAAUAGCUAAUGUAACAGGCCAACUUGAAAACAAUGAAAUUCGAGGACCUCCAGGACUUCCAGGUGCCAAAGGAGACAGAGGAAUUCCAGGAAUAAAAGGGGACCAGGGCAGUAAAGGAGACAGGGGUGAAAAGGGAGACACUGGUUUAAGAGGAAGCAAAGGAGAACCGGGGACAAAUGGUUUUGGAUUGCCUGGACAGAAAGGAGAAGCAGGGAUUAAAGGAACAAGAGGAGCCCCAGGUGUGCAAGGAGAGAAGGGUGAACCAGGAGCCAUGGGACCCAAAGGAUUAAAUGGAGAGCAAGGAUUUCCAGGUUUAACUGGACCUGUGGGUGAAAAAGGAGCAAAAGGGGAUUUUGGAUCUGCUGGGCCAAAAGGUGAACCAGGAUUAAAAGGAGAUAUGGGAGAGAAGGGACUUCGAGGUAACCCAGGGCCCCAAGGAGAAGCAGGUGGAAAAGGAGCAAUGGGCCCAACAGGACCAGCUGGAAAUCCAGGACAGAAGGGGGAACAGGGAGCACGGGGUCUCCCAGGUCUGAACGGUAUUCAUGGACUUCCAGGAGACAAAGGCGAUCCUGGCAACAGAGGACUACCAGGACCUCCUGGGCUGCAAGGUGCAAAGGGAGAGAAAGGAGCAGCAAGUAACCUUCCAGGGGUACCAGGACCAAAAGGUGACCGUGGGCAAAAAGGCAGCAAAGGUGAUCCAGGAAUACCAGGCAGCAAGGGUGCAAAAGGAGAUGCAGGAACCAAAGGAUCCCAGGGGAUACAAGGGCUUAAAGGUGAAAAGGGAGAUCCAGAAUCGCAAGCCCAUCCUGUCAGACUUAUUGGAGGGACCAGGCGUGGCCGAAUUGAGAUUCAACACAACGGAAUAUGGGGCACCAUAUGUAAUGACGAGUGGGAUGAAAAAGACGGAAUAGUGAUUUGUCGAAUGCUGGGAUUUCGAAAUGUAGUUGAGACCUUCACUGCACCUGCAGGAUCUGGACAAAUCUGGUUGGAUGACGUGCACUGCACAGGAAAUGAAAACACUAUUGUUUCUUGUCCUAAACGGAUAUGGGGUCAACACAACUGCGGCCAUGACGAAGACGCUGGGGUGCAGUGCUCUUAAUAGAAGACCAUUCAGCACUGGAUACACACCAGAGAACUGUAGGUUUUGCAAAAACAAAAAACAAAAAAACAAAAAAACAAAUUAUCACAUUAAAACACAACUGAAUAACUAGCUUUUUAAAAAAGAAGCAAUAAAUCAAUAAAAAGAAAUAUUUGACUUUCCCCCAAUGAUUAUUAUAUAUUCCUGUUAUAUAUAAAACAAAUUUCAGAUUUCUGUUUGCUGUUUGAGUCCCCAAAUAUUUAUUUUUAUUAUGGCCUUUUUAAAAAGCUCUUUGUUCAGUUGUGUUUAAAUGUGAUAAUUUGUUUAUUUGUGUGAUUAUUUUGUGCUUCUGUCUGUAUUUUAAGUUUGGGGGAAAAGAUGAGCAAUCAGAUCAAAUUUUAAUAAAAAAAGACUUCACUGCAA